UUUUUACCCAAAAAACCGAUCGGGAAACCUCUAGCGUGCCCUCUGCUUGUCCUGCAGACUCUUGAGAACAUUUCCACUUUCUCUCUCUCUAACUUUUUGAGUUUCAAUGGCGGCGAGGAAUGCAUUGCUGAAGUACCUGAGAGUGGAAGCUCGGCCUGCAGCAGUGGGAAACACCAGAAGGCUCAUCGGAGCAGCAUUUACCCAGGUAUUCAGACGCCAUUUCUCGGAGGAAGUGAGGGGCUCCUUUCUCGACAAGUCUGAAGUCACUGAUCGUGUUAUCAACUGUGUCAAAAAUUUCCAGAAAGUUGAUCCUUCCAAGGUUACGCCAAAUGCUCACUUCCAAAAUGAUCUUGGUUUGGAU